ACAAGAUGGCGCUGCCAGCCAAGCUGAACCUCCGUUUCCUGCUUUACAUCCAUGUGUGCGAACGUGUUAGGAGGAAUAUCCGGACAGGGCAGAUAGUGAUUCGUAACGUGCGUUCCUCCUCCGUCUAAUGUUUGCCCGGUAGCUCCCGGUUCCCACAGUCAUGCAGGUCUCUAACGUCAAUGACGUGAGGAUCUACGAUCUGAGCUGCGGAAAAUCCCUGCCCGAGUGGCUUUCUGAUCGCAAGAAGAGGGCACUACAGAAAAAAGAUGUGGAUGUUCGGAAGAGGAUUGAACUUAUCCAGGACUUUGAAAUGCCCACAGUCAGCACGAACCUCAAAAUCUCCCGGGAUGGGCAGUACAUUAUGGCAACUGGUACAUACAAGCCCCGUGUCCGUUGUUAUGACACUUACCAGCUGUCUCUGAAGUUUGAGAGGUGCUUGGAUUGUGAGGUGGUUAAAUUUGACAUCUUAUCCGAGGACUACUCCAAGAUUGUCUUCCUGCAGAGUGACAGAUAUGUAGAGUUCCACUCUCAGCACGGCCGCUACCACCGACUCAGGAUACCCAAGUUCGGCAGAGAUUUUGCCUAUCACUAUCCGUCCUGUGACCUGUAUUUUGUUGGAGCAAGCUCUGAUGUGUACCGGCUAAACCUAGAGCAAGGACGGUAUCUGAACUCUCUUCAAACCGAUGCCUCACAGAUUAAUGUUUGUGACAUCAAUCCCGCGCACCACUUAUUUGCUGCUGGCACAGUUGAGGGUAAGGUGGAAUGCUGGGACCCCCGGACGAGAAGCCGCGUGGGGAUACUGGACUGCGCCUUGGGCAGUAUAACCGAAGAAACCGAAAUUGAGGGGUUACCGUCUGUUUCUGCCCUGAAGUUUAAUGGACCUUUGCACAUGGCAGUGGGCACGUCUACUGGACAGGUGCUAGUGUACGAUCUCCGCUCCAGCCGACCACUGAUUGUGAAGGAUCACCAGUACGGUUUACCCAUAAGAUCUAUACAGUUUCACAAUCCUUUAGAGCUGAUUAUAUCUGCUGACUCGCGAAUCAUAAAGAUGUGGAACAAGGAUAAUGGCAAAGUUUUUACGUCUAUUGAACCUGAGGCAGAUGUCAAUGAUGUAUGCCUUUACCCUAAUUCAGGAAUGCUGUUCACUGCUAAUGAAACCCCUAAAAUGAAUGUCUACUAUAUCCCGGCGCUGGGCCCUGCUCCCAGGUGGUGCUCCUUCUUGGACAAUCUGACUGAGGAGUUGGAGGAAAACCCGGAGAGCACGGUGUACGAUGACUACAAAUUUGUCACGAAGAAAGAUCUGGAUGACCUUGGUCUGUCCCACCUGGUUGGAUCUCCCAUGCUUCGGGCUUACAUGCAUGGCUAUUUUAUUGAUAUCCGGUUGUAUCACAAGGUGAAAGCCAUGGUCAACCCAUUUGCCUAUGAAGAAUACAAAAGGGAGAAGAUCAGGCAAAAGAUUGAAGAGACCCGGGCUCAGCGUGUGCAGAUUAGGAAACUGCCAAAGGUGAACAAAGAGCUUGCUUUCAAACUGUUAGAAGAAGAGGAGGAGGAGCGGCCUCUGCAAAAGAAAAAGCAGAAGAAAAUGCCGAACAUUCUCAAUGAUGACCGAUUCAAGGUCAUGUUUGAGAAUCCUGACUUCCAGGUGGAUGAGCAGAGUGAGGAGUUCAGGCUGUUGAACCCUCUCGUGUCUAAAAUCACCCAGAAGAGAAGGAAGAAGCUGAAGAACAUGGAGAUGCUGCAGGCCAAGGAGGAGGAAGAGGAAGAGCCAGAAGGAAGACCGAGUGAUGCAGAGAGCUCUGAAACGUCCGAUGAUGAAAAGGAAUGGGUCGAAGAGGUCAGGAAACAGCGCAAGCUCUUACGCCAAGAGGAAAGAACCAGGUGGCAGGAAAGGGAGAAGGAGGACCAGCAAACGAUUCUCAAGCCUCAGUUCUAUGAGAUAAAAGCUGGCGAGGAGUUCCGCAGCUUCCAGGAUGCAGGCAAGAAGCAAAAGUUGAUGAGGAAAACACUUGAAGACCGAUUGAAAGUUGAGGAGAAACUCGGCACGCUCAAUGUGUCUGACACGGCAGUGGGCAGCAAACAGUUAACGUUCACGUUGAAGAAGUCUGAGCAGCAGAAGAAGCGACAAGAAGCUGAGAAACAACAUAAAGAGGAGAGGAAAAAACUGCGACGCUCAGCGGGACAUUUACGGAGCAAGCCUGCUAAGGGACGACCAUUCCGUUAAGAGGCUGGACAUUUUCUGGAUAGAUUGCCAAAGAACUCCCAACUUGAAAAUGAAUGUUUUUUUUCUUUUUAUAGCAACCAAUGGCAUACUAUGACAACCCAAGCCAUGCAAGACUUCAACUGUGUGUUUUCACAAGUUGGGAUGUAGUUGCUGUACCGGCGGUUGGGAUACCGACACAGGAAUCCCGAAGGCUUACAGUGCCGGCAAUCAGGGGCUAUUCCCACUCGUGGGUGUCCACGACACCCAUACAGUGGGAAUAGAACCUGUGGCGAGCGCAGCAAGCCCGCAAGGGGCUCCAUUGCGCUCGCCCACCCGGCAGCAUUCUAGCGGCCGGGAUCCCGUGGUUCGGAUGCUGAUCACCGGGAUUCCGACCGCUGGCAUUACAGUCCCAACUCAACAAAUGACCCUUUAUUAUCAUCUGCCAUAUAAGUCAGACCCGCCUUGUGUGCCUAUCACCAUAAAUGACUCUGUGGGUGUCAUCAGUGCAUAUAAAUAAAGCGUCAUUUGAUGUUUUUUAGUA